AAAAAUGUCACAUCCGCAAUAACCUUAUUUCCAUCCUUGAAUAUCGGCCAAUCACAAGAUGCCUCAAGAGUUCCAGGUUUUACAAUGCUAUUCUUGUAAACUAUUCCAAGUUCACCAGGUGAAGAAAGUGAAGAAAUGGAACUGCAAAGUAUGUGGUGAAAAGCAGUCAAUCAUCAAGGUAUUUGGUUGUGGGACUGGAGCAGACUGUAGGAAGCAUGUACAGAAACUGAACAUGAUUCGGGGAUCAGCUCAAGAGUCCGAGGAAACAACACAACCCCCAGUUCAAAGUCAGUCAUACAUUGAUAUGCACCGUGUGACCAACGAAGACCAACCUACCAAUUUCCAAAGUGCAAGUAAAUGGGAAACCUUUAUUGAAAAAGAAGAUGGACAUGAUGACAUGGCUGAACAUGAUGUUUCACACUACACAACUGACAGAAAUGCUUUUAACCAGGCCAAGAAAGAAGUUUGGAAGGACAAAAAGAACAGGUAUAAAAGCCAACAAAACCAAGAUGUAGAGGCCCCCAGGAGCCAAUGCUUUAAUCGAACAGCCCCUUAUAGUAAGACUAAACCAUACAAUAAACAAUACAAUAAAGAGACACAACAAGCUCCCAUAAACAUUACAAACACAUUUGGUGCUCCCAUACCUCCCAUGAGGACUCAACAUUUGCCCGUUGGUGCCGAAUAUGUCAAAGUUACUAGAAAUGAUAUUAAAAACACAGCAGACAAUCAAAAGCUAAGAAACAAUCAACUCCAAGAUGAGAACCCAAUGAAGGGAGUCAGCAACAAAUUGACAGAAAGUUCCAGUUUGAAAAACAACAUAAAUAAGCCGUAUAAUAAGAAGAAGACAUUAACAUCAAAACCACAGGUUGUUAGCUCGAGUAAGUGGGCUAUGUUCACAGAGCAAGCAAAUCCCUCGGAUGAUGACAAUGAUGAUGAAGAUGAUGAUAGCAUUGAGCAACCAGAAAAUAAUUAUCCUGGUGAUAGUGUGAACAUGAAUACUUACAAGUUUGAACGUGCAGAAAAUAAUCAUACCCCUAACAUAUCUUGGUUAAAGACACCUGGAGUGGAUCACACAAAUAAUUGUUUGUCACCCAAUGUUAAUUCACACAAAGGUGGCUCUCACACUUCUCAUAGUUAUGAGAGUUUCAGUUCACAUGUUAAUUUUAGUAAUGUUAAACAUGACACUGAACCACCUCACAAUGUUAAACCCCACAAUAUAAAUAAUCUAUUCAAUGUAAUCUUGAUGAUGUAA